ACUUGUCCUCCCUCGUCUCCCCCGGGUGCACAGAGGAGCAGGAGAGGGGAGGAGGCGCGGACUGCACACUUGCACUCUGGUAGCCAACGGGAGCACAUUGAGCCCAGGCUGCCACCCCCCCCGCUUCACAGACUGCACCAAAAAGCCACAACAAGAGGAUUUCCCGCCGCAAGAGCAGGAUUUCCUCCUCGGAAUCACUUGGAGAUCUUCUUCGAAUUCUGCUUUUGAAGCUUCAGCAUGGCAGAAGCGGCCCUGGGUGGACACCUGAGGGCCAGGAUGGGUCUCCUGUGGGCUCUGCUGACUCUCCUCAACCACGUGGGGGCUUUCAACCUGGAUACUACUCACACGCUGCACAAGCUGGGGGACCGCGGGACCUUUUUUGGUUUCUCUCUCGCGCUACAUCAGCAGCUCACCCCAGAACCUCAGAGCUGGAUCCUGGUGGGGGCGCCACAGGCUGCCGGCCAGGGUUUAUUGCGCGGUAGUCGACCGGGUGCUUUGUUCAAGUGUCCUAUCACGCCUGAGGAAUAUGACUGUGAGAGGGUGGACAUUGAUGGCGAAGUGAGUCUAAAUAAAGAGAACAAAGACAACCAGUGGCUGGGAGUGACUGUCAAGAGCCAAGGCAUUGGAGGGAAGGUGGUGACCUGCGCUCACUUGUACGAGCUCAGGCAGCGCGUGCACCAACCCUCCGAGACGCGCGAUCCCAUUGGACGCUGCUACGUCCUGAGUGAAGACCUGACGGAGCGAGACGACCUGGACGGAGGAGAAUGGAAGUUCUGUGAGGGUCGGCCGCAGGGUCACGAGCAGUUUGGCUUCUGUCAGCAGGGUCUUUCCGUCAGUUUCACCCCAGACAACAACUUCAUCUUGUUUGGGGCCCCGGGCACGUACAACUGGAAAGGUGAAAUGCGCGUGCAGCUGCUUAAUCAGACGCUGCUCGACCUUGGUUUCUAUGAUGACGGACCCUACGAGGUGGCGGAUCAGAAACAGCUUAAUGCCCGGCUCAUCCCUGUGCCCUACCACAGUUACCUGGGGCUCUUGUUCAUGGCUAGCCCGGUUGAAGACGCACUGCUGUACAAAACUCUGGAGCCCUCCAAGAAGCCCACAGCCUUUGAGGAUGUAACCCAUAAUAGCUACUUAGGCUUCUCUGUCGACUCGGCCAUGGGAAUAAUGAGCCUUGGGGAGUUGACCUUUGUGGCGGGUGCACCGCGGGCAAAUCACACGGGGGCCGUGGUGCUGCUACGCAAAGACAACGUUUACCGGCUGGUGCCCGAGCACAUUUUCUGGGGAGAGGAGCUGGCAUCUUCCUUCGGCUACUCCGUGGCGACCACUGAUCUCAACAAUGAUGGCUGGACCGACCUGAUUGUGGGAGCGCCCAAUUUCUUUGACCGUAAGGCAGAGAUCGGCGGUGCUGUCUACGUAUACCUGAACCCGUUCGGUCACUGGGACGAUCAGGCCCGGCCCAUCCGUCUCAAUGGGACGUAUGACUCCAUGUUUGGCAUGACGGUCAACAACAUCGGCGAUCUGGACCAGGAUGGAUAUGGAGACAUCGCUGUUGGAGCUCCGUUCGACGGGGACGGCAAGGUGUUCAUCUAUCGAGGCUCGGAUGCAGGAAUUGAAACCAAACCCGCUCAGGUGCUGGAUGGUCGAGACUUUGAGGUGAGGCGGUUUGGAUACUCCAUCUCAGGUGGCUUGGAUGUGGAUGAGAACCACUAUCCAGACCUCGCCGUGGGCUCGCUCAAUAAUUCAGUGGUGCUCUUCAGGUCUCACCCAGUCAUUCACGUGAUUCGGGAAAUAGCUAUUGACCCACAAUACAUUGAUCUGACCCAGCCUAACUGUAAGGGCCGAGAUGGAGUUUGCAUCGAGGUCAAGGCCUGCUUUGUCUACGCAGCCCACCCAGUGCACUACUCACCACAUAUAACCCUGGUGAUACGCUUUGAAGCCGACUCAGAGCGUAGGAAGCUGGGCCUCCCCCACCGUGUCAGCUUCCUGGGCCAGAGUUCCCUGGAGCCAGAGUACAUGCAGACGGAGGAGGUGGAUCUGCAUCGUCAGAAACACCCGGCAUGCACCACCGCUACUUUCCAACUUCAUGAGAACAUCAGGGACAAACUGCGGCCGAUCUCAUUGGCCAUCACCCACACCAUCAAACCUGUGCCCCCGCGCAGACACUCAGCCAACAGACUGGAGAAACUGGGUCCUGUGCUCAACGUGUCACCUUCCAACACGCUGCACUCGGAGGUGAACUUCCUGCGCGAGGGAUGCGGCCAGGACAAAAUAUGCCAGAGCAACCUGAAGCUGAGCUACCGCUUUGGAACGCGGCCUCUCACCUCUGACCUGUUCACCCCUCUGCCAAGGUUAGUGUGUCGGUACAAAACAUGCAUGCGUGAGAGUGGAUAUUUUUUAAAAUUCACCAUCAACUUGAGCACGGCGAACAUUACCAUCGAAACCACUGAGUUGACCGCCGAGCUCCAGCUGACUACCAUCAGCGAGCAGCCUGACCUGGCACCAAUCACGGCAGUGGCCAAAGUUGUAAUAGAGCUCCCUCUUUCUGUCAGUGGGCUGGCUCGUCCUCACCAGCUAUUCUUCAGCGGUGAUGUUAAGGGUGAGAGCGCCAUGAGCAGUCUGGAGGACGUCGGCAGCCCGGUGGAUUUUGAGUUUGUGGUGACCAAUCCCGGACAAGCUCUGCAAACGCUUGGCUCCGCUUUCCUCAACAUUAUGUGGCCCUAUGAGCUAGCCAAUGGCAAGUGGCUCCUGUAUCCAGUCAGCAUGAACUUCGAUGGGCAUUUGGCAUCCCACUGUACUCCGGCAGAAGCGAUGAACCCUUUGAGUCUGCAUGGUCCCUCACCUGCGCAGCUUGUCAAUCAAACGGCUGGGCGAGUUCGCCGCUCCCACCUGGAUCUCGAAGGCCAGGAGACGAGCAGCGGCAGCGUGAAACGAACCGCUCCGGCUGUGGCGGCUUCCGAGAGACGCAAGUCACUCAAGCUGGAUUGUCUCCUGGGGUCAGCACGGUGCGUGCUCUUGCAGUGCCCCCUCCACAGGUUCUCCGGACAGGCGGUGCUCAAGAUCCACGGCAGGCUGUGGAACAGCACUUUCAUCGAGGAGUUCCCGACUGUUAGCGCUCUGGAGCUGCUGGUCAGAGCAGAAAUCACCGUCAAAUCCACCAUUAAACAUCUGCUCCUCAGGGAUGCUGCAGCACAGGUUCCAGUGAUGAUCUAUCCCGAGCCCGGUCUAGUGGAUCAAUACUCAAUCCCCUGGUGGAUCAUUCUCAUCGCCAUCCUGGCAGGCAUCCUUCUGCUCACCCUGCUGGUCUGCAUACUUUGGCGGUGUGGUUUCUUCCAACGGGCCCAUCUCAAAGACAAACUGCCUCAGUACCACGCAGUGAAGAUCCCUCGCCAGGAGCGGCCGCAGUUCCAGACAGAGAAAUCUGGCGUUCAUAAAAAGGAAUGGACCACACACUGGAGUGACGGGUCUUCUUAAACACACCCACACACACACACACAUCCUCAACCUACCACACCGACCACCCCCUUCUGAGCGUGUCACUCAUUUGGACAUACUGCAGCGGUGACACAAGCACAUUGCUGAAGACUGCAUCUUGAGUGAUUGUUUGGCCAUCGUGGUGUGUUUGAAGCAUAUAUGAUGAUUGUUAAACAUAUGGGACGAUGGUGAGGUAGCCUGUGACAAGGACUACUACUCUAUGUGUUGAGUUGUUUUUUGUUUUUGUUUUUGCCUGAACUGCUGUAGCAUUGAUGACCUAUAUGGGCAGUUUUUAUAUAUAAUAUUAGUUUUAGUGUCUGCAAGGCAGACCGAUUGAAAUGGCCGAAAAUCAGUUCCCCUAAGAAGUGCUGUUUUUUUUUUUUUGUGUUUGUUGUUUUGAGGGUUUUUUGCUUUUUUUGUGUGGGACCCUGGUUCUUGUGUAAGUUUACCAGAAAUCCUGGACUUAAAAAUGGGUCUGGCAAAAACUUGCGAUUUAUGGGCAGACCUGAUUUCUGACAAAUUCCAAUUUCAUCCCAUAUCCCCCACACUAGGUUGGUGUCAAAUUCAUUUUCAGGUUGGGCCAUGACUGUGAAAAUCAUAUAUACUCACACACACACACACACACACACACACACACACACACACACACACACACACACACACACACACACACACACACACACACACACUCACGACAGCAUUUGGCCCCGAUGCAAGCGGACUGUACAAGGAGUCCUCGCUUUAUAAGCAAAGCAAUGCAACUUGCACUUUCACCCUUGCCAGGGGUAAUAAAAUUACCCUCACAGUUUUCGUCAAGUUGGUGAGCAGCAACGUUUUCCUGAUUUUGUUCUUUUUCUCAUUUCACUUUUUCUUCCUCCUUGAAUAUUUCGCAUUGAGUCAUCUUAAAUUCAUCGAUGAGUCCUCUU